AUGCCGCUGAUCAAUGAUCUACUGGAGGAUCUCGAGUCUACACUAUGGUAUUGCUCACUGGAUAUGGCGAGCGGAUUCUGGGUAGUGAAGAUGACGGAUCGGGCCCACCUGAUCUCGGCCUUUAUCACCCCAUUUAGACUCUUCGAGUGGAACCGGAUGCCUUUUUGGCUGAAGAAUGCGCCGCAGAUCUACCAGCCGAUGAUUGACAAUGCCCUGUAUGGGUUCACUCGGAUCCCGAAAAUGGCCGGCGAUCUGGAGCAUCUAGAUGUAUUCGAGGCCGGAGAACCCGAGGAUCCGGGCAAACCAUCGGUGCUAGGACGCAGAUCUUACAUCGACGACAUCUUGGUGCCAGCAGACAAUUGGGAUCAGUUAUGCGACCGGGUCGAAGAACUGCUGGAGGCGUGCGACAAAUGGAACUUGUCGAUCAGCGUUGUC